CGCCAAAUGAAAUGACUCCGGCCAUACUUCAGUUUGUUAUCAAAUUUUAUCAGUUUUGUGGAUCAAAAUUAUUGGUUUAUUAUUUACAUUAUCUGUCUUUUGAUGAGUAUUCAGAGUUACUUAUUUAAGUGACUGUUAAAAUCAAAGUUUUCGUGUAAAAGUGAUGGUAAAAUUAAGAGAAAUUAUGUGUUGAAGUGAAAGUGUAUUACAGUGACGAUGGCUCCGAAGAAAUGCAGUAAAAACAGAAUUGUGGCUAAGAUAGUGACUGGAAAGAGAGAACCGUGUGGCUUUUGCCAGCGUGAAGUGGACGAUGAGCUAACUUACGGGAAAUUAUACGCGAUAGGAGAGAUACAAUGUCACUACUUCUGUGUGCUCCUAUCAUCCUGCUUAAUACAAAGAGGCAAGGAUGUAGACGGACUCUUUGGGUUUCUGUACGAAGAUAUCAUCAAGGAAAUACAGAGGGCUAAGAAACAUAAAUGCUCAUACUGCAACCGCGCCGGCGCCAACCUUGGGUGUUCAGUGUCACAGUGCAAGAAACAGUUCCAUCUGCCAUGCGGCAGGGAACGCAAUGCAGUCUCCAUGUUCUAUGGGAAUUACAAAUCUUUCUGUCAGUCCCACGCGCCGAAACAGAAUAUCACGCCGGCUAUAAUGGCGAAUGCCAAGCUGAGGAUGCAAAGGGACAAUAGAAAUAAGAAGAAGAUAUCUAAUUUCAAGGAUUUGAAGGGACUGUCUAUUUGUAGUGGAGACCAGGCUCCGGAGUCAGACACCCAAUCAGUGUGUGUGAUAUGCUACGAGGCGGUGGAUGGAUACCCCACCGUGAACACGUUCUGGCCGCCAUGCUGCGCUAGAGAUGCCUGGUUCCACAGGAGUUGUUUGCAGCGCAUGGCACUGAGUGCAGGCAUGCACUACUUAAAAUGCCCUCUUUGCAACGAUAAGGACAACUUCUACCAAGCGGUGGUCACACAAGGAUACUACGUUCCUGAUAGAGACGCAGCCUGGGAGUUGGAACAGAACGCGUUCUCCGAGAUAUACGAACGCGAGGUGCCUUGCUCGGCGGCCGACUGCAAAUGCCCCAUGGGACGGAGCCAUGAUGCGGAUAAUGGUUCCUGGUGCAUAAAACUAUGUCUCCUGUGCGGUAGUAGCGGUGUGCAUAAUGCUUGCACGGAUAACGCCCACGUGCAUGGUGCGUGCACAGAUAGUAGUCGCGUGCAUGUCUGCACAGACUGCACGCCUGCGGCCCCCGACUGCAUAGAGGAACUAGCUAGCUGUAUUGAAGCAGUAAUAUCCCAAGAGCAACAGCAGACGUCGUCUCGCUCCCGCCGCGGCCCCGUGAUGCCGUCCCGUAUGUCGCUACGUCGAACUAAAAGGAAUGCGUCUCAAAAUAUGCCAUCCUGUUCGUCUGCAGGUAUUACUGAAAUUAAACAAGAAGUCAAACCUGAACCACAAACAAACACAUCGCUAUCACGACAAGAGCUAAACCUAAAACCACCGAAGAUACAAGACACUAACAUACUAGAAACCCUUCUCAAUCAAAAACCAUACCCAGGAAAGGAAUCGCCGAAUAAAAUGGAAAUGGACACGUUUGAAUACAAGUACCAAUCGCCUAUGAAGAUGUUGGAAGAAUCGUUGCGAGUUAAAAUGAAGAAUUUGGGCGCGAAGAAUGUCAUUCUCGAUGAGAAAACUGUCGAGGGUCUGAGGAUGAAGUUCCGUAAGCCAAAGCCGUUGAGAGAGAAACGGAAGAUUGUUAAUGAUAUCCUGAACGAAGUGUUCGAUAAUUUGCUGAAAGAACCGAAACAGAAGGAUCCUGUCAUACAGUGGAGCUCGCCCAAAAAAUACGAUACUACACCUGAAGUCAUUGAAAUUGUGGAUAACACACCACCGUCCGUAACAGAUAAAGAAAAUACGAAAACGCCCAUCAAACAAGAAAACAACUCUGAACAGGACACAUAUGUAACACCAAGGAAACGUCCAGACUUAGAUUUGGCAACAAAACCCAUUAUGGACAAGGAAACUCACAUCAUAAGAUACCCCACAUACAAGUCCCCGAAUAAACUUAAAACUGUAGACAUACUAAAGAAUUCAAGCUUAGAAAUCUCUGCACAAGACGAAAUGGUGAAUAUUGAUGUUAUUAAAAUAGAAAAUAAUGAAAAUGAGCAUUUCAUAAAGAAGCUUGGACUGAAAUCUCCUGAGAAAAGUGAGAAAUGCGCUUUCAAGUUCAGCCCGUAUAAUAAAGAAGUGCUAGAAAGCCAGAAUAUCGAUAUAGACGUGGAAAGUUUCAAAGAUCAGUACCUAAAUGAGGUAGGUCUGCAAAGAGCUAAGAAAGAAACUGUAAAAGACCAAGAUACAGUCAAAAAAAUAACUAAGAAAUGCCGCAAAAGGAAACUUAACGAUGAAUUCGUGUUAAAAGUCGAGUCUAAGAAACGUAAAAAGUCUCGCAAAGAUAUAUCGAUUAAGGAUAAGAAUAUAAAGGUCAAAAUUCGUUGGAGAGAUGAAGAGUUAAAAGUACAGAUUAAAGACACAAAUAAGAUUAAAAAAUCAAAGAAAUAUAGACAGUAUAUCUUAGAAUGUUCGCCCGAAAACUGUUCUUCUGUAAAGCCGGAAAAGGAAAUCACGCCAUUACGUCGGAAAUAUAAGAAACAAGAUAAAUCACCGGAUAAUUUGAUUCAAACGUCGAUUCAGAAGUUUUUCAAAGUUAAAUCUAAUGAUUGAGUCAGUUUUGUUAUCAUGUGAAAUAUAAAUUGUAGCCUUAACUCUCUUAUAUCUAAGUAUAAGAUAACAAUACCUAGAUAAAACGAAUCAAAGUUUAGAAGUGGGAGCAAAUACAUCAUUUCUACGUAUAAAAUGUACCUAGAAGUGUCGUCACGCGAUAUUUCAAAUCGAUAUAUCUUCGAAAGUGUUUUGUUUCCGUAACAAGAUAAAAAAUACGUGUCUUAUAUUUCAAAAUAAUCUACAAGACGGACAUUGAAAUAGAAAUUAGUUAUCUACCAUAUUUUAAAGGACUGUGGAUUCCUCUCUUCGCCAUCGGUGGACGAGAAAUGACAGUAAAUCAUUUUUUUCUUUCUAUCACCAUAUUAUAUUCAAAAUCCAUUAGGUAGGUCUACGACGCUCGAGUAAAUACCAAUUUAGCAUCGUAGGCUCGUCUACUACAAAAAGUAAUCUUUUAGCUGAAAUUAUAGUUUGUGAAACUAUAAGAAUGCUUUCAAAUGUGAAAGUAAUGUCUAGUAAGACAAUAUGGUAUUGUAAUAAGAUGUUUGUAUGACUUUAAAAAAGUUCAUACUGUUUCAUUCAUGUUUAGAAACAGCAUAAGCAAAAUUGUUUUUUAAAACAGUUUUAUAUUAAAACUAUUUACAUAGUUAUUUGUGCAAGUGUACCAGCAUUUUUUUUUUUUUUUUUUUUUUUUGACCCCAAGGUGGGAAAUCCUCAUGGAGCCCUCUCGCCUGGGGAGGACGAAAGGAACUGUCAGACUCUUACUGACUAAAACCCACCCCGGUGUCCCGUCUCACACGUGGGUACGAGGGUGCGGGAAACGAAAUUCUUCCUCGGCCCCCGAACUCGUGGCGGCCUGCUUUGCCAGACCCCACCUCAAAAUGCACAGAAGAGUGAGGUGUUGACCUCCUCUGUGCUACAUCUCGGAGGCGCGCAUGGACACAACACGCGCCACCAUCUCGGGUCCUAUAGAACGGGAUAACGGGGACUUCCCCAAGUCCACCGUCCCCGGACCCAUUUAGGGGGGUCGAAAGAGAGCAAUUUCUGCUCUCCUUCGACGCCCGGUGCGCCUGCUGCGAGAAGGUACAGAAGUUGUGACUUCCCUUUCCCUCUCCGCAGCCUCCUUCUGCGACAUGACAUCUUCGCAGAAGGACACCACUGCAUCCCACGACUCUGCACUGCUAACCAUUUUUUGGACAACAAUCGGCAGUGACAGGUCGUCACCGAUCUCCGAUUUGAGGGCACGACGCGGCCCGUCCCAAGCCGCACACUCCACAAGUGUAUGCUGCGCCGUAUCCUCCUCACAAUGGACGCAGUGAUAGCACCGAGCGUCCGGCUCCCUGCCUAUGCGACACAGAAACUUCCCAAAACAUCCAUGCCCCGAAAGUGUACCAGCAUAGCAUAAAUUAUAAGUAGUUUUAUGCAGGUGUUAUAUAGUGCCUUCAAACAAUAUUCAAUUGUGAAAGUUCACAAAAAUGUCUUGAAAUUAUACCACUACAUAAUUGCUGUAUAUUUCCAUAUUAGCUACUUCAGCGCUGUUUCACCCGCUCUACUCGGCUCCUAUUGAUCGUAGCGUGAUGUUUUAUAGCCUGAUCACAAAAAUUAUUAUUUAAAUUGGACCAGUAGUUUCGAAAUUUACUGCGUUUAUACAUACAAACUCUUGAGCUUUAUAUAUUAGGUAGUAUAGAUGUGGGUGUGAGACAAAAAAGAACAAAAUAUUUAUUAUACUUUGUUUAUACGGCUGUAUGUUUGUUAUUCAAUCCAGGAAAGAUUACAUCGUACUGAGAUAGAUUAGGGUCUAAGGUAGCGCUUGGUACUUUUUAUACCGGAGUAAUAUACUAUCCACUUCAAUCACUUUAUAUUAGUGAUCGAAGACUAUCCAUUAAAAAAAUAGAGUUCUUGAUUUUAACGCUAUCAAAGUCACGGUUUACAGUUAGUCUUCAUUUAUAUUUUCAUUAAUAAGGUCGAUCUAAAAGUGUCUCUCAAGAUUUUUAACAAAUACCCUUCGCUUCCCUCCAAUACCUAUAUUUUUGAACUGAGAAUAUUUUUUAUAUAAAACAGCUGGUGCUGUUAUUUUUAGCACCGAAUCAUCGCGACAUAUUUCAUAUGACAUUGAUCGAUGAUACACAUAUUUAUAUGUUUCUUAUAUAUUUUAUAUUUUCGUCAUAUUUCUGUAAAAUAAAGUAAAUCGGUCAAGGUAUACAGAAAUACGAUGUUUCCUUUUGUGUUUACAGUUUUUGAGAAUCCUACCAGAAUGGUAGUUUUGUGAGAAGUGAGAUUGGUGUAUUAGUUUUAGUAAUACGAUCUCUUUUAUAAUAAUUGGAUAUGUUUCCAUACAAAUUAUGCUAUAUCACGUUGUAAUUUUUUUUCAUAUUUGGUAAUGUCUACCAAUUAUAAACUUUGUAUACGCAUAACAUUUUGUUUUGUAGAAUAAGCUUGCCGUAGUUUCGUUUUGACAUAUUAUUAUUGUUUUAUCUUUAAGAUUUUCAUAAAUAUCUGUAGUUAUUUAAGUGCAUAUUAUUUAAAAUUAAGUUUAAAACAAAUAAAAUUGUUUCUUUUAUUA